AUGGUUGGUAAACACUCAUUUUUAUCAGCAGUGGCUAUCGCAUUGAUUUCGCCGACUGUAAAUGCACAAACCUUCACUACCUGCAACCCGUUGAGCUCUAACGAUUGUCCUGCCGAUCCUGCACUUGGAGGUCCGCUAUUUGUAGAUUUCACUCAGGGUUCUUCCAAUGACUUUUCUCCACUCACUGCUGCGUCAAAGAUUUCGUAUAAUGAUUUAGGAGUUGGUUUUACAGUUGCUCAGCAAGGAGAUAAUCCUACACUGGCUUCAAAUGGUUACAUCAUGUUCGGUAGAAUCGAGGUUGUUCUACAGGCGGCUCCUGGUCAAGGUAUGGUUUCAAGUGUGAUCCUACAAAGUGAUGACUUAGAUGAGAUCGAUAUGGAGUGGAUUGGAGGUGACAAUACCCAAUUCCAGUCGAAUUACUUCUCAAAAGGUCAAACCACUACUUUCGAUCGUGGAGAGUUUCACUCUGUUAACGAUCCAGUGGGCUCUUUUCAUAAUUACACAGUCGACUGGACUGCCGACCAAACCACUUGGUAUUUAGAUGGUGCUCCAGUCAGGGUAUUAGAGAGCAAUGCUCCUGAAGGAUAUCCUCAGACUCCUAUGAAACUACGUAUGGGAUCAUGGGCGGGUGGUGACCCAAGUAACCCUCCUGGAACUAUUGAGUGGGCAGGUGGUCCAACCAAUUAUGCUGCUGGUCCUUUCACAUUCUAUGUCAAAUCUGUUUACUACGUUGACUAUUCAACUGGAUCUGAGUAUGUUUACGGAGAUGAGAGUGGUUCGUGGCAAUCUAUUAAAGCUAUUGGUGGUAGUGUCAUAGGAAGUCCAGUAUCUCCACCUGCCGUUAAUGCAUUAGCUGCCGUUGCUAGCAGUGCUGAUCCCCCUUCAAGCCUACCUCCUGUUGCAAGUUCAACACCAGCUAUGUCCAGUUCUGCUUCACCUCCACCUCCACCUCCUCCAUCACCCACUCCUUCAUCUUCCGCUAUACCAUCAAGCUCAAUUGAAUCAUCCCCCACAAUUUUCAGUAGUUCUGUGGCUACUAGUACAUUAUCCAGCUCCAGUUCCAUAUUCAGUUCAUCAUCACCACCACCUCCUCCUUCUACAAGUACCCCCAGUUCGAGCUCAUUAUUUACAUCAAGCUCUUUACCACCCCCACCACCCCCUAGUACCACAUCUACCACCUCAACGCCAUCGAGUUCCUCAGCACCUCCAAGCAGCUCGUCCACGACCUCAAGCACUACUUCUUCUAUUGAAUCAUCAAGUUCGAGUUCUGUAGAACCAUCUACUACCUCGUCAAGCUCAACGCCGCCACCUCCACCCCCUCCUCCAACUACUACCUCAGCGAUAAGAUCCUCAAGCUUGACCUCGACUUCAUCCACCACUUCCAGCACUACUUCUAGUACCACAUCCACAACUACAUCCUCCACUAUCAGCACCACUUCUACUACCAGCAUCAACACUACUACCUCGCUACCACCACCUCCAUCCACGUCUUCCAGUACAAGCGCAUCUACAACUCCAAGUAUCGUCCCUCCCAGCGAAGGAGCAGCAUCACUGUCCAGCAUCCCAUCCUUUGUAUCACUUACGAUCGUUAUAAUCUCGGUUAUCUUGCAUGUUUAA